AUGAGCGUUUCCAAGCACACCAAUGCGGAGGAGGUGGACCAUGAGCAAUCUAGAACGUCUGAUGGUAAAAAUAAAUAUUUUUCUCAUAUUUUUUUCGUAGAACCAAAGGUUCCGGUAGAAGAACUUAAAAAGUAUCAAAAAGCUCUUGGCGAUCUAAAAACUGAGAACAGGAACUUACGCAAACAACUCCUCCUCAAAUAUCAGAAAUCUGCUCAGCCAGAUCGAAUUAAAAAAACGCUAAUUGAUAUGUACUCCGAGGUUCUCGAUGAGCUAUCUAAUCUUGACACCGACUACAAUAUUCAAGAUCAUUUGCCAAGGGUUGUGGUUGUCGGUGAUCAAAGUUCGGGGAAGACGUCGGUUCUCGAGAUGAUAGCUCAAGCACGCAUUUUUCCUCGGGGGUCUGGCGAGAUGAUGACUCGUUCUCCUGUCAAAGUCACCCUUUCUGAAGGUCCUUACCAUGUGGCUGCCUUUCGGGACAGCCCCAAAGAAUAUGAUUUGACAAACGAGACGGAGCUUGCUAGCUUGCGAAAUGAGAUAGAGCUUCGGAUGCAAGGUCUCGUGGCAGAUGGCAAGACCAUCAGCACUGAGGUGAUCUCGCUGAGUGUCAAGGGUCCUGGCUUGCAGCGUAUGGUUUUGGUUGAUCUGCCGGGAAUUAUCUCCACGCAGACUACUGGGAUGGAGCUUGGAGCCCGCGAGAGCAUACGAAAACUCGUGAAGCAGUACAUGGAUAACCCAAACGCCAUUAUCCUGUAUGGUAGCAUUGAUGCUGAGAGGAGUAAUGUGACUGAUCUAGUCGCUUCAGUUGACCCGCAGGGGAAGCGAACAAUUUUUGUGCUAACAAAGGUUGAUCUGGCUGAGGCCAACCUCUACAAUCCAAAUCGGAUCCGUGAAAUUCUCGAAGGACGACUGUUUCCAAUGAAAGCUCUCGGCUACUACGCUGUUGUUACAGGAAAAGGUUCCAAAGACGAGAGUAUCGAGAGCAUCAAGGAGUAUGAAGCCGAGUUUUUCAAAAAGUCACGUCUUUUUCGAGAGGGAGCGCUCAAGUUGGCUCAGAUGACCACUGAGAACAUGAGCAAGGCAGUUUCUGAACGAUUCUGGAAAAUGGUUAAAGAUUCUGUGGAGCAGGAAGCGGACACCUAUCGCGGUAACUUGUACUGGCUCUCAACUACUUCUUGCUAUUUUCAUAGCAUUGAGUCUUGA